GCGCGUAUGUCUGCGCGCAGAUCUGGUGUCCGAAUAAACAAUUAUCAUCUAGCUAUCGUAUUAGUAGUAGUUCACUGCCGGUUAAAGUGUCAUAUCUAUCAGCAAGUUAACCAAAGAUGGAAGUACAGACAGAAUUAAUCUCGGAUCUGCGUGAAAGAUUUUUCAAAAGAUUGGAUGAUGAAGGACCACCAGACACUAUUUCAGAAUUUCAUCCUGCAGAUAUUACUAGAAUAAAAGAAAAUAACAAUUGGUUAAGGAGAUUUUUAGAGCACAAUGAAAAUAAUAUACAAGAAGCACUUAAUAUGUUAUGGGAGACUUGCACUUGGAGAGCCAAAUUUGGUACAAAUGACAUUACAGAAGAGAAUGUAAGAAAAGAUUAUUUAGAGAAUGGAUUGUGUUUUAUUUAUGGUAAAGAUAAAGAUGAUAAAACACUGUUUAUUGUUAAAUGUAAGUUACAUACUAAAGGAAGCAAAGAUUUUAAUCAAUUGCAAAGACUUGUUGUGUAUUGGUUUGAAAGGUUAGAGAGACAAACUAAUGGCAAUCAAAUCUCACUUUUUUUUGAUAUGUCAGAUACUGGCUUUUUAAAUAUGGAUAAUGACUUUAUCAAGUACCUGAUUAGCCUUUGUAAAAAUUAUUAUCCUAAUUUUUUAAACUAUAUUAUUAUUUUUGAAAUGCCAUGGAUAUUAAAUGCUGCAUUUAAAAUUAUAAAGUCAUGGCUGCCACCUAAAGCAGUUCCAAAAAUUAAAUUUGUGCAAAAAAGUAACAUACAUGAGUUAGUUGAUCCUAAUGAUAUACUUACAUGCUGGGGUGGUAAUAAUGAAUAUACUUUCAAAUUUAUACCUGAAGCACAAAAUAAUGCAGAUGCUACAAUGAAUGGUAAACUUGACAGCAGAAAGGUACAUUUCGCAGAAGGUUCCCCAAUAACAGAGCAGUUUCCAAGUGGUUUUGGAGAACAGAUAUCUGAAGAACAACUAUUAUCUAUUGAACCAGAUGCAGUUAUACUUAACAAAGUAGGAAAUGAAAUUAGUGGCACAAUCACACUUAAAAAUGUAACUACUGAUAAACCUUUAUCUUAUAAGGUAAAAACAACGUCGCCUGGAAAGUUCAGAGUUCGGUUAAGUUCAGGAAUUUUAUUACCUCAAGAACAACGUUCGAUUUCAGUCGUUGUACUACAAGAGCAUAAUUUGCGUGGUCUUUUACAUGUCGACAAAUUCUUAGUUAUGUGCUUUCCAUUAAAAGAUCCAAAUACAUCAGCCCAAGAAUUAGCAGCUCUAUGGAAGUCUGAAAAACCAGCAGAGCAACAUAAAUUAAGAUGUUGUGAUGGUGGAAUUACAAAUAAUGAAGCAUUAAAAUCACAUUCCAUACUAACAUCUGGAAUGUCAGAAAAUAGUCAGAUAGAUACACUUGCUCGUAAAAUAGCACAUUUGAAAGAAAGUAAUACAAAGCUGCAUAGUGACGUCGUUUCUCUGAAGUAUUUAUUGUUGUUUUCUAUCAUAGUGACAAUUACAAUGGCCAUAAUAGUUGUUUAUAUUUUAAAAACUGAUAUUAAAGAUUCUGUUAUUGAAAAAGUUAGUGAAACAAUUUGUCACAUUGACCAUGAGAUGUAG